AUGGAGACUUUAAAAGACAUUAUAUUAUCUAAAACAGCGGUAGCUGCAGCUAUAGGAUCUGGAUUAGCUCUAUUUGGGUCAUAUUUUUUGUAUCAAAAUGUGAAAGAAACAAUAAAAAUAGAAAAGAUUGCCUCAUUAAUUGAAAUAGAUGAAGAAGCAUUUAAAUAGGCAAAUUUUAUAGGUAAAAAGCCCCUUUUAUAAAUUGUAUCAGAAUCUCAAGAAAUAGUUGCAGAUACAAUCAAGAUAUAAGAAAAAAAAUUUAUUAAAAAAGCUCUGCAGUUAUUAAAGCAAAAAGAAUAUUUGGAAUAUGCUGAUAUUUUACUAGAAUUGGAGAAUUUUAGAGUAUAAAAGUAGUUAGAAGCUCUGAAUUAGCUUCGCGAGUAUCUCGGAGUGAGUGAAGAGAUCUUUAACAAGAAUUUACAAUAGAUUAACUAAAGUAUGUUGAUUUAGAAUUAGAAUUUUAUUGAUGAAUAUAAGGAGGUAGUCAAUAACAAGCAAUUGUAGAUUUACUAAAAAGAAGUAGAAGAUUCUGAACUUCUUAAGCAAGAUUUUCUUUCUUUUUUGUGCUUAUUAGAGGAACAUCUAGUUAAUAUUCUUGAGAAAAACGAAAAGAUUUUUGAUGUAGUUAUUAAGAGAAUAGUAGAGAAACUACCUGAAAUAGAUAUUAUUUAUCCCUGUAUGGAAGCAUUAGCAUACUAAUUAUUUUAAAUUUAAACAAGCUUUUCAAUUUAUGAAGUCAAACAAACAUAAAAAAAAUUUUAAAAUAUUUUUAAGGAGAAUAAAAGCUAAAAUUCAUAAAAGCUUUAGAAGUAACUUGAAACAUGUUUUGCAAAGCUUGAAAAAAGUAUUAUUGACUUUUUGCAAGUAAAGCACAGAAAUGAGGUUGCAAAGUUAGUUAAGAAGUGA